AUGGCCGAUCACCUGAACACUAGAAGAGAUUCCGGUCAGCCCGGCUGGCUUUCAGGCACCAUUCGAAUCGAGGCGGACUGCGUCCUCACCCGGGAUUUCCUGUGCCGACAAGAUUGGCAGGCCAAUGUGGCCCUGCGCCGUUUAUUCGACUGCAGCGCGGACGGAGACAUGGUUUGGAAUGGGCGCUCGUGGUAUUAG